AUGGGUGGAGUUGCCCCUGUGUCUGAGUUCAAGAAUCAUACCCCAAGGGUGCUUCAAAAGGUUCAUGGAGCCUUAGGAAAUACAUUGGUUUCCUUCACCAACAAAACCAACAGUUGCUUACAGAUAAAUAUUUGCUCGUUCAAGGAAAUCAUGCAUGGAGCCACUAAGUCACUUGGACUCGAUGUUGGUUUUGGGACCAGCUAUGAUGUGUUCCAGCACUGGGAUUUGGAGUUCCACUUUCAGAUUUGGUUACACAUUGGUUCACUCGUUGGUGACAUGACUAUAGGGACUAUGUCAUCUUCCAACGUUUGGUACAACAAAGCACGUCGUUGUCUUCCAACAACUUGUUGUGAGCAUGUUUUAGGAACCAAAAGCUCGGGCUUGGCUAUUGAAGCUUGA